UGCUCGCGUGCGCCAUACCGAGAAGCCGUGUCGUUCGCCGCUGAUGUUACGACUCGCGAGUUUGCCGCCUUUUUAACUGUCAAAGUGUCAAAAACUUAUUCCCGAAUAGUGAUGUUUGGUGCAACAAUUAUGGGUAUAAUACCCGACGUUUCUUGAUACAAGUGACUUGUGAUUUUUUUUUGUGUUUAAAAAGUUAGUGAAGUUUUUUUUACACCUCGUGGAUUUAAUUCCGGCCAGUAUUUUGAUCUGUGGCCGAACUGAGAGUUCCAGUACAUAAGGCGUUGGUGUCUAUAUAUGAUCGACAAUGAGGCCUACGGUAUCAUUACUCAUCAUCAACCUCUACGCUCUCGUGCUGAGCGGCACCUCCUCAUUAGGCGAUGACAGGAGAUACCUCGUAGCCUUCUUGGACCUGGUGGAGAUGGAACAUGAGGACCACUGCGAGAACCGAGCUGAUGCCGCGUGGAAAGAACUAAUUGGUGAUCCGAAAGGCUUGUCUGCUAAGCUGGAAAAAGACAAAGCCUUCGGGAUUCUCUCGCGGGAGCAGAAGAGGGACGUCGAACUGGCUCUAGACGGGUAUUACAUGGAUCAGAGUGAUCAGGUACUGAGGAGGAAGGUCCAGCUGUUGCUGCAUCCAGGAGACACUCUACUGGAAACCGAGCAGUGGAUUAGACUCGUUACAUUCGGAGAUACGGCACUUCACAAACUAAGAAUUGCCACUAAUUAUGAUUGUGGUACAAGGACCAACUGCACUCUGAGAGAAUUACAAAACAGUAUAGCCAGAGAACAAGAUGAAGAGACGUUACUUCGUAUGAAGAGAUCAUGGGAGAAAAAUCUACCUAGCGUCAACGAAUAUUUAGAACAGAUUCUACCUCUUCUAAGAAAUGCUUCAAAGGAAAACAACUACAAUGGUGUGGAGGAAUACUGGGAUUCCCUAGUGGAAUACGAAGGCGGCAUUCUGAAGGCGAGGGAACUAUGGGACAAUAUCAAACCUUUGUAUCUGAAGCUCCACAAAUAUAUUGCAUUGAGACUUAAAGGACAAGAAGCAGUUGGGGAGUCACUGCCUGUUCACUUAUUGAGAUCACUGAAUGGAGAUAAUUGGUCCAACAUAAUUGAAAGUUUACUCCCAAAACAUCCGGGUAUAUAUCAGAAAAUCCAUGCAAGUCUCCAGUUGAAGGAUCUAGGUGGCAUCAAAGCAUUCAAAGAAGCCGUAAAACUGAUAAAAGAUCUUGGCUUUGGAGACAUAGAAACAGAAUUGUGGACAGAUUCUGUGUUCAACGGCACAUGUCCUACAACCUUUAUAGAUUGGUGCAAACCUAACAAAAUGAGAGUUAUGACAUGCAAAGACGUCAGCAUUACGAAUUACAUUGACGCCCAUGAAGCGGCAAUGAAGAUCAAAUACAAAGAAAUAACUGCAUUACACAGCAAUAACACGUAUAUUUUAAGAGAAGCGCCUCGUUACUCCGCGAUUUACGAGGGCAUACCCGGUUUCGUGUCGCUGUUGGCGUUGAAUCCUCACGCUUUGGACAGAAGUGGACUGUUCCCGUUGAGAACUUUCAGUUACAAUCCCAAUCAUCAUAGGCUUGUGUUGCAACUGAUUAUGGCUUUAAGAGAUUUACCAAAAUUAAAUUAUUACUUGGCAGCAGACGAAUGGAGAUUAAAAGUUUUAAUGGGAUCAAUAGCGCCGGCCAAAGUGGCGAGUAGCUGGGGCGAAUUUCGUAAAAACUUCUCAUUAUUGGAGACAUCUGACGUCGACAUGCUUGGAGAUCCUUACAUACUCUUUAACAAGCCUUAUAUUGGAAAAUUUAUGGGGCUUAUCUUGAAAUACCAAAUCUAUCAAUCCUUUGCAGAAGAGCUCAGUUCAGAUGAGUCUGAUUUAUUGCAACAUGUCAAUGAGACUAGUGACCGACUCAGUGACACUAUGGUGCAAGGAUUUGGAAGUGAUUGGUCGGCUAUGGUAAGUGAUAUGCUCGCAAAACGAGAAAAUGGACUGGAAUAUACUGGUCUAACUGAUUAUUAUCGUCUUUUGGAUGAGUAUUUAGAUAAACAAUUGGACCCAACUGAUGAAGAAUUUGAUGAUUAUAAUGAACCUAUUGAAGAAACUACGGAAAAUAAUGCCAUACCCCCGCCUCCAGUAACAAUUAAACCAACUAUUCAUGAGUUAGAUAUAAUGCCACCCGAUGAAUCGGAAAAUAUUAUCGAUGUAGAAGAUUCUCAUUCAAAAUAUAGUGCAGAAACAUCAACCGUUGGAGUUUUAGAAAUCAAAAAACAACCACCUGUUGAUGAUACAAAGAAUACUCAAGAAGCUUCAUACAACACUUACUGGUGGAUAGGAAUCGCCGUGGCUUUGGUUAUUAUAAUUAUUAUUAUAGCAAUAAUUGCAAGAAAACGACAUAACCACAGAAAACAGUUGGAAAAACAAAGAAGGGAAAACACGCGUGCCUGAUUUGAAGAAUAUCGGUUCUAGAAGCGGAACCGAUAUUAUCCUUUGAGACAGAACUCUAGUGAAACUGUGCCAAUGCUAUGUGUUUCUGAGAGGAUGUGAUUAAGUGUUCAUCUUACUUUCUUUAUGUACUCCAGAUAUGUUAGGCUAUGUGUUUUCUUCGCAUGUUUAUUUAUUAAUUUUUACACUGUGGUGCUCAUUACCGGUUUGUUUAUCACGUAGCUAUUUUACUCUUUAUAUCCCUUUUUAUAACUUCUUUUUGAACUGUAAGAUACUAGAUAGAGGAGAUUGAAUAAAUAUUUUUGUACAUAUCAGACUUGAAAAAUAGAUUAUAAAGAUUGUUACCGACAGUGUCUAUAAUAGUUGUACAAUGUACAUUAUAGUUAGAUUUAAUAUGCGGUGCCUUAAGCGUUUCAAUUUGUAUUAAGUAAGAUACAUUAUCAGGCUUACAAAUAAAACUCGAAAAUAUGAAUUUAUUAUAAUCUUGUUGUAUAAAACACAGAUGGCACUAAUAUAUCUAUCGUGAAUGUUGAAAUUUUAUUUAAAAAAUUAAUACAUUUACUUGUAGGAUUUUUUUAAUUAUUUCUCACUUUGAAAUUGUUUUUUGCAAAUGUACCUACGUCGUAUACGUUUGAGUAAUGUGUUUACUUUUGUUAUCGUAUCAUACUUCAAGUCGUAUUUUUAAGCCUGAUUUAACGAAAUAAAAAUGUAUAAAAAUACUUUAAUAUGUAAUUUUAUAAAAUCUCUAUUUACUCUGCUCUGUGUUAUAUUUCAGACCAAUUUUGAGGCAUUUAGUUUGUCUAACGUUGUGUUGUUGAGCAUAGUUAUUAGUAAUGUUUCUAAUGUAUCACAAUAACCAAAUAUAGAAUUAAUGUUUUAUUUUGAUCUACAUGUUUAUUUCAUAAUGAAAUUUGUUGUUAUUUUAAUGGAUUUAAGUUUUACAGUCAGUAAAGCAUGUCUUAGCAAAAAUUGUGUCAGAAUUUGAGAAAAAUAUAAAUGUUUAAAACAUUUUUUGUAUUUUUAUUAGAUACUUAUAACAUGACGAACAUUUAUUAAUUCUUUAAACUAAUCAAAUCAUAAGCCUGAAUGUUGCGAACUCAAAAACAAAGAUAAUCUAUGACGUCCUAAUUUUUAUUCAAAAGAUUUAAGUGUAUGUAAUUAUAAUAUAACGUUUACAGAAAAUCACUAUCAAUAUUUGUAAACAUGCUUACUAAGCAAAGCAUUUAAAUAAUAAAACUAUAAUAAGCUGUAGUUAGCAAUAUCUGCAAUGCAGUCUUGCUCGUUUUCUGCCGAGAACAAUUUAAGUUAAACAACCGCUUUGGGACACAUGUUUGUUAGUGAAAAGAUAAAGAUUUUUGCUUAA